CACGCAAUUGCAAACCAAACAUGUUAAAUCUUAUACUACUAUCCCUCUUGCUUUGAAUUGCUUUCUUAUUCUUUUGAAAAUGCCUUUUCUUCUCUCACUCUAGAAGAAAAGCGAUAUAACAUACAGACUCAAAUACUCUCCAAUCCCUUCGUAUAAAUAAAUGAACCACCGUCACAAAGAGCAAGACGACUCAGCAACCAACAUUGAAAGUAAGACAAAUAACUCCAAAUAAACUUUUUCUUUUUCCUUCUCUCUCAAAUUACUAUUAUGCCACAGGUCGAUUUGGAGACGCUGGUUUCCGCCUGCAGCGGCGGUUGCUCUGACCAGAAAAUCGCCUGUGCCGACAACGACCAUCCAGACUUGCCGCCGGAGUCCUUCUGGCUCUCUGGUGACGCCGAGUACGACUGGUGGGACCGCAACGCCGUUUACCAGAGGAACGAAUCCACCAAAGGAAACUCAAUUUCCUCCACGAACCUCAACCCUAGCUCGAACAACAACUCGCAGCGAUUCUCCAAGAAUCUGAAAUCCAAAGCCGCAAUUAUCGGCUUGCCGAAGCCGCAGAAAACCUCCUUCGCCGACGCAAAGUGCCGUCGCAAUCACCGACUUGCAAACGCCAGGCUCUUCCCCAAGCGUAGCGCGUCUGUCAGCGGAAAAUCGGAAAACUCCCUCGUUGAACCCUCGUCGCCGAAGGUCUCCUGCAUAGGGAGAGUGCGAUCCAAGCGAGACCGCAAUCGGACACUUAGAACGCGCCAGAGAUCAAUCUCCUCCACCGCCACCGCCACUACCUCCGUCGCCGCCGUUACCAUCACGCGGCAAAAGUCGAAGCGGAGCCAGAGGAAGAAGGCUGGAUUCUUCGCAAGCGUUCGUGCUAUAUUCCAAACUGGUCGCAGGGGAAAACCAGUUCAGAAACCGGACCUUCAGCCUGGGGAUUCGUCUUCGAAGAAGAAAUGGAGCUAUGGCAAGAAAACGAGGGGAAGCACUGGUGGCAGCACGGGCAGCCGCAAGGACGAGUUGUUUGAAGAAUCGUUCUCGAGUGAGCCGCGCGGUUUGGGUUCCGUGAACCGGUUCGUGUCGGGGAGAAGGUCGGAGUCGUGGGUAGUUGGUGAGUCCGAAAUCGACGUGUCUCAUUAGGAUUCGCUUUUUGUCUGCUGUACAAUUUUGGUGACGGCUGCGGUGGGCCCUGACAUUUUGAAUAUUGGAUUAAGGGAUGACGUGGCAAAUUGAAUAACGGUAUGAACGCUAUAUUAUACUACAAUGUAUGUAAUAUAGGUUGACGGUAAAA